AGAGGCUCAGUCAAGAGGCGGGGAGGAGAGGAGGAAAAAGCGCUGAGUGAGGGCGGGCGGGCGGGCGGGAGGGAGGGAGUGGAGGAGCCGGGGAGGGGCUCCUUAAAGAAACGCUUCUGUCGCUCGCCUGCUCGCUUUUCGCUCGGCAUUGCGGCCAGCCAGCCGGGCACUCGGGGGGCACGCGCGGCCACCGCUAGAGCUCUGCCCCCACCCCACCCGCCAGCAGGUCUGGGGUGGGGACCCAGGUGGGGGCUCCUGCAGCCACUGCCCGGUGCGGACCGCAAGGAGCGACCCACUCCUCCCAGCACCGAGGAAGAAGCAACGGAGCCCACAGCAGGCGACCGGCCUCCCCGCCCCUGACCACCCGCUUCCCGGCUGCCUUUGUGGCCGCAGCUUCUCGCCGCCGAGCCGAGGGCCGGCGGGGGCGCGGCGCGCACGGCCGAGCGAUGCCCAGCUCGCUGUUUGCAGACCUGGAGCGCAACGGCAGCGGCGGCGGCGGCGGCGGCGGCGGCAGCAGCGGAGGGGGAGAGACCCUGGAUGACCAAAGAGCCCUGCAGCUCGCGCUCGACCAGCUCUCCCUGCUGGGGCUGGACAGUGACGAGGGCGCCUCUCUGUACGACAGCGAGCCGCGCAAGAAGAGCGUGAACAUGACCGAGUGCGUGCCAGUACCCAGUUCUGAGCAUGUCGCCGAGAUCGUGGGGCGGCAAGGUUGUAAAAUCAAAGCGCUGCGGGCGAAGACCAAUACUUACAUCAAGACCCCAGUUCGCGGGGAGGAGCCUGUCUUUGUUGUGACGGGCAGGAAGGAGGAUGUGGCCAUGGCUCGGAGGGAGAUCAUCUCUGCUGCCGAGCACUUCUCCAUGAUCCGCGCCUCCCGGAAUAAGAACACGGCACUCAACGGCGCGGUGCCUGGGCCGCCCAACCUGCCCGGGCAGACCACCAUCCAAGUGCGGGUACCCUACCGCGUGGUGGGGCUCGUGGUGGGGCCCAAAGGUGCCACAAUCAAGCGCAUCCAGCAGCAGACGCACACGUACAUCGUGACGCCCAGCCGGGAUAAGGAGCCGGUGUUCGAGGUGACCGGCAUGCCAGAGAACGUGGAUCGCGCUCGAGAGGAGAUUGAGGCGCACAUUGCUCUGCGUACCGGCGGCAUCAUUGAGCUCACAGACGAGAACGACUUCCACGCCAACGGCACCGAUGUGGGCUUCGAUCUGCAUCAUGGGUCCGGCGGGUCCGGCCCAGGCAGCCUCUGGAGCAAGCCCACCCCCAGCAUCACGCCCACCCCCGGCCGCAAGCCCUUCUCUAGCUACCGCAACGACAGCUCCAGCUCGCUUGGCAGUGCUUCCACAGACUCUUAUUUCGGCGGCGGGACCAGCAGCAGCGCAGCGGCUACCCCGCGCCUGGCGGACUACAGCCCCCCCAGCCCCGCCCUGAGCUUUGCGCACAACGGAAACAAUAACAAUAACGGCAAUGGGUACACCUACACAGCGGGGGGAGAAGCCUCAGUGCCAUCCCCCGACGGCUGCCCCGAGCUGCAGCCCACUUUUGACCCGGCUCCCGCUCCCCCACCUGGGGCACCACUUAUCUGGGCCCAGUUCGAGCGGUCCCCGGGAGGCGGAGCUGCAGCUCCGGUAUCUUCUUCCUGCUCUUCUUCCGCAUCUUCGUCGGCUUCUUCCUCCUCCGUGGUCUUCCCCGGGGGUGGCGCCAGUGCGCCCUCCAACGCCAACCUGGGGCUAUUGGUGCACCGCCGGCUGCACCCUGGCACCAGCUGCCCGCGCCUGUCUCCACCCUUGCACAUGGCCCCGGGGGCGGGAGAGCACCACCUGGCUCGCCGGGUGCGCAGCGACCCGGGUGGAGGAGGCCUGGCCUACGCCGCUUAUGCCAACGGGCUGGGGGCACAGCUGCCUGGCUUGCAGCCGUCGGACACGUCGGGCUCCUCCUCUUCGUCCAGCUCCUCCUCCAGCUCUUCAUCCUCUUCCUCCGGGCUUCGGCGUAAAGGCAGCCGCGACUGCUCCGUGUGCUUCGAGAGCGAAGUGAUUGCCGCGCUGGUGCCCUGUGGCCACAACCUCUUCUGCAUGGAGUGCGCCAAUCGCAUCUGUGAGAAGAGCGAGCCCGAGUGCCCGGUCUGCCACACCGCGGUCACUCAGGCCAUCCGCAUCUUUUCUUAAAGGCAGCGGGCGCUAGUGCGCACCGUGCUGGGGGAAGGGGGAACCCCUCCCCAUCCUCUUUCCCCAGCGCUCGCCUGCCUCCCUGGGUGCCCCCCGUCUCCCUUCUCCUUCCCGGCCCCACCAACACUCUGAGAUCCGAGAGGAGCUUGGAAAGCUGUAGUAUCCGCUCAUUUUUAAAAUUUAAUUUUUAAGUAAAGGAAUUUGCCAGGAUAUCUGCAUCAAGAGUACUGUAGCCUGGGAAACCUCUGAACACCUGAAAUGCAUGCUCUAUAAAUAAUAGGAACGGCGACAUUCUAGUAAUGAUAGUUUUUACACUGUACUUAAUAGGAAGCUUCCAAAAGAAGAAAACCCCACAAGUUUUCCAUUUUCUUAAAGUAGGAAAAAAUGAACAGUAAUAAUUACGAUGAAGAUGAUAGUAGUGCUAUGGGAUGUGUGGACUGUUUAGUGUGUUCCCCUUUGUGGGUGGGUUCCUAUGAUACUUAUUAUAGAACACAGUGGAUCCUUUUUGAAUGUUCGUGGAAGGGCCAGGAGUUCCUGUGAAACCAGGAUACUGCAGCUUUAUUAAAGUUAAAGAAACUGUAACAUAUCUCUUAUAUAUUAAAAACGUUUAAAAGUUUUAAAGAGAAAUUGCAUUAAUACA